AUUGAGCGGGAGUGCAUGGAAGAGAUCUGCAGCUAUGAGGAGGUCAAGGAAGUAUUUGAGAACAAAGAGAAAACGAUGGAGUUUUGGAAGGGAUACCCGAAUGCAGUCUACUCAGUCCGAGAUCCCUCGCAGAGCUCAGAUGCCAUGUAUGUGGUUGUGCCCCUUCUGGGGGUAGUCUUGCUGAUUGUCAUUGCCUUGUUCAUCAUCUGGAGGUGCCAGCUGCAGAAAGCAACUCGUCACCACCCCUCCUAUGCUCAGAACCGGUACCUAGCCAGUCGUGCCGGGCACAACCUCCCCCGAGUCAUGGUAUACAGGGGCACUAUGCAUAGCCAGGGAGAGUCCUCUGGGCAUCGAGAGGCAGGGAAUAAUUCACAGAUAGUCCUGGGGGCCAGCCGGGGAAGUAGAACCACUGUCCGACUGGAGAGCACCCUCUACCUUCCAGAGCUCUCUCUCUCCAGACUGUCCAGCGCUACCCCUCCCCCCUCCUAUGAGGAGGUGACUGCACCCCAAGAGGGAAGCAGUGAGGAGGCCAGUGUCUCUUACAGUGACCCUCCCCCAAAGUAUGAAGAGAUUGUGGCAGCCAGCCCCAGUGCAGAUAAGUAG